GUGUUUCCCCCUAAAGGUCUCGGAACCGAGACAAGGACUGACUAUAUACCCACCGUGUUUGAAAACUAUGUUGCCGACGUCGAAGUCGAUGGCAAGCGAAUCGAGCUCGCCCUCUGGGAUACUGCAGGCCAAGAAGACUAUGACCGUCUUCGCCCCUUGUCCUAUCCCGACUCGCACGUCAUCCUCAUCUGCUUCUCGGUUGAUCAACCCGACUCGUUGGACAACGUCAUGGAAAAGUGGGUGCCCGAAGUCACGCACUUUUGCUCGCACCCCAAGGUCCCUUACCUCCUUAUCGGAUGCAAGAAGGACCUAAGGAACCACAGGCCAACCCUUGAAAAGCUCGCUAGGGAAGGUCAGAGGCCCGUGACCACCGAACAAGGAAACGCGGUCGCCCAGAGGGUCGGCGCCAGAAUGUACAUCGAGUGCAGCGCGAGGACAGGCGAAGGUGUCAGAGAAGUGUUCCAACAUGCCACGCGGACGGCUUUGUUGGGAUCUAAAAAGCCAAAGAGUCAUGGCCCGUGCGUCGUGCUGUAA